AUGAGAGCUGAGGCUCCUUCCCUCUUCCUGCCCGCCUUCUACACACCCUCCACCCUGCCACACAGCUGAUGAAGUGCUUUCAGAGGGUCACGAUGGCAGAGGAGGGCUCGGGCUGCCAGGUGCCCCGCCGGCCCUGGGUGUCCAUCUGGUGGGUGGGUCUCUUGAUGCUUCUCCUUGGCAUGGUGGUAGGCUGCCUCGUCUGCAGCGUGCACCUCACCCGAAAGCAGCAGCUGGAUUCAACUGGGUGGGACUUAGCGGAGCUGCAGCUGAAUCACACAGGAUCGCGGCUGGACCCCAGGCUGCGCUGGCAGGGAAGCCCAGCCCUGGGCCGCUCCUUCGUGCACGGGCCGGAGCUGGACAACGGGCAGCUGCGUAUCCAACGGGAUGGUAUUUACAGGCUGCACAUCCAGGUGACCUUAGCCAACUGUCCCUCCUCCACGUGGACCUCCAAGCCCCAUAGCGCCACCCUGACCGUGGCCAUCUGCUUCCCCACGGCCCACAGUAUCAGCCUGCUACGCCUCAACUUCCACCACAGCUGCUCUGUCGCCUCCCAGCGCCUCACGUUCUUAGCCCACGGGGACAUUCUCUGCACCAACCUUACCCUGCCUCUGCUGCCCUCCAGAAACGCUGAUGAGACAUUUUUUGGGAUUCAGUGGGUGCGCCCUUGA